AUGCUACCUGGGGGAGCACGAGGGCUGACAUACUGCCAGGUUGCCCAAGCCGAGAUAGAGGAAGUUGAGAUGGCCGGGGUUUGGGUUCGAACCGAGGACCUCCCGGUUGUCGAUGACGAUGGUGAUGGUGAUGAUGAGGAUGGUGAUGAUGAUGAUGACGAUGGUGAUGAUGAGGAGGGUGAUGAUGAUGGUGGUGAUGAUGAUUAUGAUGAUGAUGAUGAUGAUGAUGGUGAAUGGACGAUCUCACGUCUUCAAACAUGCGAACGAGAUCCCAGUUCGGUUAUGCACUUCAAAACUCUUGGAAAAAAUCAACAUUUCCCGCAGGUUACCAUUCUGGUGUUUGAUGAUCCUGAUUCAAUGGCUCGUGCCAACUGCCAGAUUGCAAUUCGCCCCGACGACGUUUCUCACAGAAAUACAAGACAACCUGGACCACGACGAACACGAGGACCAACACCAGGAAAGUGA